GCCUGGAAGCCUAUAUGUGCCCCAUGUAUUUUUUUUCAAAUAUACAUAUGCAUUGGUCUUGCUGCCGCCUCUUUUGCUGACGGAUAAUAUAAAUGUUUUUUUGAAAGCUUGUGAACAGAUUGGAUUGAAAGAAGCCCAGCUUUUUCAUCCUGGGGAUCUACAGGAUUUAUCAAAUCGAGUCACUGUCAAGCAAGAAGAGACUGAUAGGAGACUGAAAAAUGUUUUGAUAACGUUGUACUGGCUGGGAAGAAAAGCACAAAGUAACCCCUGCUAUAAUGGUCCCUAUCUAAAUUUGAAAGCAUUUGAGAAUCUUUUAGGACAAGCUCUGACUAAGGCACUUGAAGACUCCAGCUGCUUGAAGAGAAGCGGCAGGGACAGUGGCUACGGUGAUCUCUGGUGUCCUGAACGUGGAGAAUUCCCUGCCCCUCCAGGCCACCACAGGAGAGAAGAUUCCUUUGAAAGCUUGGACUCUUUGGGCUCAAGGUCAUUGACAAGCUGCUCCUCUGAUAUCACACUGAGGGGAGGACGUGAAGGUUGCGAAAGUGACACAGAUUCUGAAUUUACGUUCAAAAUGCAGGAUUGUAAUAAAGAUGAUAUGUCAUAUCGAAGGAUUUCGGCUAUUGAACCAAAGUCUGCUUUGCCAUUCAAUCGUUUUUUACCCAACAAAAGUAGACAGCCAUCCUAUGUGCCAGCACCUUUGAGGAAGAAAAAGCCAGACAAAAAUGAGGAUAACAGAAGAAGCUGGGCAAGCCCAAUCUAUGCAGAAGCAGAUGGAACAUUUUCAAGUAACCAGAGGAGAACUUGGGGCCCCAGUGUGGAGAACUGGCCAACAGUACAAGAAACUUCAAAAUCCUCUUGCUACUUGGAGGAGGAAGAAAAGGCAACAAGCAUACCCAACAUUGUAAAGGAUGAUCUUUAUGUGCGAAAGCUGAGUCCAAUCAUGCCAAACCCAGGGAAUUCUUUUGAUCAGUUUCUUCCCAAAUGUUGGAUCCCAGAAGAUGUGAACUGGAAAAGAAUAAAACGGGGAACUUAUAAACCAUGGUAUAAAGAAUUUCAGGGAUUCAGUCAGUUUUUAUUACUUCAGGCCUUCCAAACAUACUCCGAUGACAUCUUGUCUUCUGAAACAAAUAUUAAAAUUGAUCCCACCUCUGGCCCCAGGGUCAUAACACGCAGGAAGAAUCUCUCUUAUGCUCCAGGCUAUGGAAGAGAUGAUCUUGAGCUGUCAGCUCUGGAUCCUGACUUAGAGAAUGACGAUUUCUUUGUCAGAAAGACUGGGGCUUUCCAUGCAAAUCCGUAUGUCCUCCGAGCUUUUGAAGACUUUAGAAGGUUCUCUGACCAAGACGAUCCUGUAGAGCGAGAUAUAAUUUUGCAAUGUAGGGAAGGUGAACUUGUACUUCCGGAUUUGGAAAAAGACGAUAUGAUUGUUCGCCGAAUUCCAGCACAGAAGAAAGAAGUGCCUCUGUCCGGAGCCCCAGAUAGAUACCAACCAGUCCCUUUCCCUGAUCCCUGGACUCUUCCUCCAGAAAUUCAAGCAAAAUUUCUCUGUGUACUUGAAAGGACGCGUCCAUCUAAAGAAAAAAGUAAUAGCUGUAGAAUAUUAGUUCCUUCAUAUCGGCAGAAGAAAGAUGACAUGUUGACUCGUAAGAUCCAGUCUUGGAAACUGGGAACUACUGUGUCUCCUAUCAGUUUCACUCCUGGCCCCUGCAGUGAGGCCGACUUACAGAAAUGGGAAGCCAUCCGGGAGGCCAGCAGACUUAGGCACAAGAAACGGCUGAUGGUGGAGAGACUCUUUCAAAAGAUUUAUGGUGAGAAUGGGAGUAAGUCCAUGAGUGAUGUCAGCGCAGAGGAUGUUCAAAACUUGCGUCAGCUGCGUUACGAGGAGAUGGAGAAAAUAAAAUUACAAUUAAAAGAACAAGAUCAGAAAUGGCAGGAUGACCUUGCAAAAUGGAAAGAUCGUCGAAAAAGUUACACUUCAGAUUUGCAGAAGAAAAAAGAAGAGAGGGAAGAAAUUGAAAAGCAGGCGCUUGAGAAGUCCGAGAGAAGCUCUAAGACGUUUAAGGAAAUGCUGCAGGACAGGGAAUCCCAAAAGGAAAAGUCUUCAAUCACAUUGAGGAGGAGGAUGUAUUCUUAUGAUGAUGUACUGAAUGAAGAAGAGCCACCCUCCAUACCGACUAUGCCAGAAGUAAGUUACCAGAGUGAGAGAGUAGAAGAGAAAGGAACAACUUACCUUACAGAAAUUCCUAAAGAAGAUUCUACAACUUUUGCGAAAAGAGAGGACAAUAUAACAGCUGAAAUUCAGCUUCCUUCUAAAGGCCCCCAGGAAGAACAACACCCAGCCUCUUUGUCUGCUCCAUGUUCGCUGAGUACACAAAUGGCCUCGACUCGUGUUUCAGCUUCCCUCCCUAGAAGUUACCAGAAAACUGAUACAGUCAGGUUAACAUCUGUGGUCACGGCAAGACCUUUCGUCUUUCAGUCAAGGGGAAUCUCAUCACUCCCCAGAUCCUACACGAUGGAUGCUGCUUGGAAGUAUAAUGGAGAUGUUGAUGGCAUUAAAAGAACGCAAAACAAUUUGGUCAGCACCCCCGCACAACAUCUUGAAGCCAGCCAGCUUGCUACGAGCUCAUCGAACCAGGAGGCAGCAGUCUCAGAAGAUGUAAUGAGGUUGCCCUCUCCUACACCCUCCUUCUCAUCUCUUUCCCAAGACCAGGCUGCCACUUCUAAAGCCACAUUGUCUUCACUAUCUGGCCUUGAUUUAAUGUCCGAAUCUGGAGAAGGGGGAAACUCACCCCAAAGAGAGGUCCCAAGAUCACGGGAUCAGUUUAGUGAUAUGAGAAUCAGCAUAAACCAGACGCCUGGGAACAGUCUUGACUUUGGAUUUACAGUAGAAUGGGCUUUUUCCGGCAUCUUCAUAGCAUCCGUUGAAGCAGGUAGCCCAGCAGAAUUUUCUCAGCUCCAGGUAGAUGAUGAAAUUAUUGCUGUUAAUAACACCAAGUUUUCAUAUAAGGAUAAGAAAGAGUGGGAGGAAACCAUGGCUAAAGCUCAAGAAACUGGAAACUUAGUAAUGGAUGUCAGGCGCUACGGAAAGUCUGGUUCACCUGAAACAAAGUGGAUUGAUGCAACUUCUGGAAUUUAUAACUCAGACAAAUCUUCAGAUCUGUCUAUAACGACUGAUUUCUCUGAAAACCUUCAGAAUUCUAAUACUGAAUCCAAAGAAAUCAAUGGAAUUCACGAUGAAAGUAACACUUUUGACUCAAAAGCAUCCGAACCCAUUUCUUUGAAAAACUUAAAAAGGCGAUCACAAUUUUUUGAACAAGGAAGCUCUGAUUCUGUGGCUCCUGAUCUUCCAGUUCCAGCCCUCAGUGCCCCGAGUCGCUGGGCAUGGGAUCCAGAGGAGGAGCGGAAGCGGCAAGAGCGGUGGCAGAAGGAGCAGGACCGCCUGCUGCAGGAAAAAUAUCAACGUGAGCAGGAGAAACUGAGGGAAGAGUGGCAAAGGGCCAAACAGGAGGCCGAGAGAGAGAAUUCCAAGUACUUGGAUGAGGAACUGAUGGUCCUAAACUCAAACAACAUUUCUCUGACCACGCGGGAGCCUGCUGUUGCCACUUGGGAAGCCACCUGGAGUGAAGGGUCCAAGUCCUCCGACAGGGAAGGGACCCGAGCAGGAGAAGAAGAGAGGAGAGAGCACCAAGAGGAAGUUGCUCCUGAGGACCAAAGAAAGAAGCUGCAGGAACAACUCACUCUGGAGAGGGAGAGGGAACUGAGGGAGCAACAGCAGCAGGAAGAGCAGGAGAAGUGGCUUCGGGCCCAGGCCGAGGAACAGAAGCGCCGUGCAGAGGAGCAGAAGCGCCAGGCGGAAAGGGAGAGGGAAACGUCUGUCAAAAUAUACCAGUAUAGGAGGCCUAUUGAUUCCUAUGAUAUACCAAAGAAGGAGGAAGAAUCUUCAGGUUUGCUUCCUAGUGACAGGAAUAAAUCCAGAUCUACUACUGAACUGAAUGAUUACCCUAUAAAGAAAAAUGGAAGCAAUAAAUAUUUAGACCGAACUGGGGGCUCUAGCUCUUCACAAAGGACCUCCAAGAAGGAACAAGGACCAUCAGAAGCAGAGUUGGAGAGACAACAAAUCCUUCAGGAAAUGAGGAAGAGAACAUCCCUUCACAAUGACAACAGCUGGAUCCGACAGCGCAGUUCCAGUGUAAAUAAAGAGCCUAUUUGUCUGCCUGGGAUCAUGAGAAGAGGCGAAUCUCUAGAUAACCUGGACUCCCCACGAUCCAAUUCUUGGAGACAGUCCCCUUGGCUCAAUCAGUCUACAGGGUUCCAUGCCUCUUCCUCCAUGCAAGACUUCAGUCGCCCACCACCUCAGCUGGUGUCCACGUCAAACCGUGCCUACAUGCGGAACCCAUCCUCCAGUGUGCCCCCACCUUCCGCUGGCCCCCCAAAGACCACUGCUGUGGGUGGAGCCCCCACCCCUCAAAACCAUUCCCCUUCAACUUCACAGUCAGGCUCUCAGCUACGCAGCAGGUCAGUCAGUGGGAAGCGCAUGUGUUCCUACUGUAAUAGAAUUCUGGGCAAAGGAGCUGCCAUGAUCAUCGAGUCCCUGGGUCUUUGUUAUCAUUUACAUUGUUUUAAGUGUGUGUCCUGUAAGUGUGACCUUGGAGGCUCUUCCUCAGGAGCCGAAGUCAGAAUCAGAAACCACCAACUGUACUGCAACGACUGCUAUCUCAGAUUCAAAUCUGGACGGCCAACAGCCAUGUGAUGUAAGCCUCCACACGAAAGCACUGUUGCAGACAGAAGAAGAGGUGGUGGCUGCUGAUGCAGAUCUAUAAAUAAUUGUUGUGUGUCUUUUUUGCUUUCUUUUUUUAAAAAAAGAAUAACUUUUUUGGCCUCUUUAGAUUAUAUAGGAACAUUGUAGUCUUGGUAGAAUCUGUAUUUUUCGUUGUUUAUUUAUGAGAAAGUAAUUAUGUGUGGGGGAAAAGUGCAGUAUUGUUGAAUUCAGCAUCUUAAAAGCACAAGAGAAAAAAAUAAGAACUUAAAAAUAUUUUUGAAGCUGAUAAUGAUCUAGUUUGACUUUCCAGUGGUAUUUUGAAGAGGGUAUUUUAUCGUUUUUUUUUUUAAAGUUCUUAAACAUUAUUUGAAAUAGUUAAUAUAAAUAUGUAAUUGCAUUUGCUCUGUUUAUUGUAAUGUAUACUAAAUUAAUGCAGAACCAUAUGGAAAAUUUCAUUGAAAUCCAUCCCCAAAUUUGCUUUCUGUAUCCUUCCUUGCACCUAUAUAAUACAAUUUAAAAAAUUUAUGUAACAUUUUAAUUGCUUGAUGAGGGGAGCUCUAUUUUCCUUAACAAUAGAAAGCUGCUUAUUUUCAUUAAUGAAAAAUAACCAUGGUUUGUAUACCAGAAAUUUUCUCCUGAAACUGGUGAACCUUUCUGUUCAAUUGCAUUUGUAAAUAAACUUGCUGAUGCAUUUA